AUGACUUGCGGAGAUGCAGGUGCAAGUGCGGCUAUCUCUGCAAAGCCGUUUUGUCUUCCUGUGCAAGCUGUCGCAGCGCCCUUGUCGUUCCGGGACUUUUUAGAAAAGUAUUCAGACCGGGCCUUCCCAGACCUACAUGAGUGGGUAUCUAGUGUUCCGCGGCAUGUAGUCGGCCUUCGUGCGGCAGGAAUAGGUCCUGAAAAGCGCUACCCUUGCUUUAUGGAACGAGAUGAAAACAGUUGCCGUGGUGCGCGUGCUGGAGACGUCAACAUUAGGAAGGAGGAUGCCAUUUUGGCGCACGCUUUGCUUAAUCUGAAUGAUAUUCGAC